AUGUCUUUUUGUUUUUCUUUCUUUUUUUCUUUCUUUCUUUCUUUUUUUUUUACAUUUUGUUUAUUCAAUUUGCUCUUCCUUCCAUUUUCUUUCUUCUUUUUUCCUCUUUCUUUCUUUCUUUCUUUCUUUGAUAAUUCAUCUUUUCUCUUUCUUUCUUUCUUUCUUUCUUUCUUUCUUUCUUUCUUUCUUUCUCUUUUCUUCCUUUUUUCUUUCUUUCUUAUAUUUUUCUUUCUUUUUCUUUCCAUUUUUACUUUGAUACUUUUUAUUUCCUUUCUUUCUUUCUUUUUUAUAUUUUCUCUUUUCUUUCUUUCUUUCUUUAUUUCUUUUCUUUUUUUGAUACUUUCCCUUUUCUUUCUUUCUUUCUUUUUUUCUUCUUCUUAUUUUUUCUUGUUGCUCAAUCGCCACCUCCCCCACACAAAGAAGGAAAUAUUUAUCAUCAUUUGUUCCAAACCUGAGGCACCUGAUACAAAGAAAAUACCUGCUGAUUUUUGUCGAUUAGCUGAUGACGUCACAACAUGGUGA